AUAAUUUGUAUUGUAUUUUGUAAAAAAUGUCUUUUUCUAAUCGAUCAUAUCAAUUCCAACUCUACAAGGAAAGAAGGUUAAGAAGAAAAAUUAUAAAUCAUUAUCGAAGAUUCGCAUCGAAUAAUAACAUGCUUAGAAGGAUUUCAAACCUUCCCCAACAAAAUUCGACUAAUUCAUUCGUGAAUCAACUAUUUAACGGGUCGCCAUUCUAAUAUAAUUUCGAUCUAAAAAAUUUUUAUUAUACCUUUUUUUAACGUAUCUUAAAAUAUAUUUUUUAUUACGAUUAUAUACAAUAUUAUAUCGCGACACUCGAAUUUAGACUUUUGAUUUAUUAUGGUAUUAUCAGAUAUCGCAUGUUUGCUCUAAACUAAAUUUCAUUUUUUUUUUU